AUGUCUUCUAACAACGGAGAUACAAGCGGAGAACUCGUGCCAAGCACCUCCCAUCAAGCCGUCAACACACCAAAUCCACAGUCAAUGAUCCCCGGCCUCUCACAAGAUACGAUCAAUGGCCUAAUGACUGCAUUUGGUGGUAUGAUGCGUCAAGAAAUGCAGAGAUUUGAGCAGAGAUUAGAGAGAAUCGAACAGUUUUUGGGCCCCGCACUAUACCAAAAUCCUACUUCAUCUCCCAAUCCUACUCCGCCUCUCAAUUCGACUCCGCCUCCCAAUUCCACUCUUCCCAGCAUUGAAAUACCAGAGCAGAACCUCUCUCACACGAACGACUCGUCCUACCAUACAAGUUCAGGCCACUUACGAGCGAAGGAGAUGGGAUACUUCGAUCUGCAACAGGCGAAUGUGGAGAAAACUGCGGAGAAAUAUACGGAGAAAACUGCGGAGAAGAACAAGAGCACGGACCACAGCAGUCCUAUUCAAGCGGGCACACUCUCCAUAAUUCCACAUCAGGCCACUAUGCAUAUUUGCGGAGAACCUUCCCCUCGCCUCAGCAAUACACCAGUUUUCGCCACCCCUUCUCACCUCACUUCUCGCUUUCGCCUCUCCGCUCGGUUACACUCGAUUCGCGAAGGAUAUGGAGGCUAUAGGCCAAGGAUAGGUGCAUGGACAUAUGGACGGCGCAUGCUCAAUGUAGCUAUCCAGAGAUGCAGCCACGAGGACGUGUCUUUUUUUUCAUUCUUUGCGGGCAUGUUGUUACGGUACGCCAAGGCCUCCUCCAGAGCCACCACCCAUUUGGGCCUAGCGUGGCUUGGCAUCGCACAUAUCUGCCCUGCAGGCACAUAG